AUGGCAAGAGGUCAAUUAAUCUUAAUUGAAGGUCUUGAUAGAUCUGGCAAAUCCACUCAAGCAUCAAUACUAUCUACUAAAUUAUCUCCUUCUAAAUUAAUUAAAUUUCCUGAUCGUUCAACUCCAAUUGGGAAAUUAAUCAAUGAAUAUUUAACCAACAAAUCAUUUACAUUAAGCGAUCAAUCAGCUCAUUUAUUAUUUCUGGCAAAUAGAUGGGAAUUGAGUCAACAAAUACAAGAUUUAUUAAAUCAAGGAUAUUUCAUCAUAUUGGAUCGUUAUAUAUAUUCUGGUAUUGCUUAUACAUUGGCCAAGAAUGAUUUCCAUGAUGAAACCAUAUCACAAGGUAAAAACAAACAACAAUUGAACAACGUUGAUUGGUUAUUAUCUCCAGAUAAAGGAUUACCUAAACCUGAUUUGACAUUAUUUCUCACUUUAGAUUUAGAAGAGAUUAGUAAACGGAAAGGAUGGGGUGAUGAACGUUAUGAAUUACAACAAUUCCAAGCUAAAGUUAAGCAAUGUUUUUUAGAAAUAUUAGAUACUAAUGAUGAUCCAACUAUACGUAUUGUUGAUGUUGGUGGGAAAACCAUUGAUCAAGUAACUACUCAAUUAUGGGAAAUCAUCGAGACUAAUAAAAACCAUGAAUUAAUUAAUGAUGCUAUACAAUUUAUUACUUAA